CUUAAAUGGGGAGCAAUAUACCUAUUUAAGUUGAGCCAAAGUUGAUAAGUCUAGCAGGUCUGGCCCGUCGCCCGAGCGAGUGUACUUAAGUGCGAUGCAGCCACGACACUUGCUAAAAAGCGGCUAACUUGUUACAACUGGCGCUCUGUGGAUGUGCGGCGUUUGUUGGGAAUUCAGACUCAGAGUGACCUGCCUGAGCAUCGGCUCUUAAAGGCCGCGAGCUCCUUGCUAAGCAUAAUGGCAGCUAGGUCCUUGUGAGAAUCAGCACAGAUUUUAGUGGUUUUGCAACGCAAAAAUGGCGCUGUCGACGCCAAAACAACGUGCCGGUUGCUGUGGGUUUUGGGGCGGUGCAAACGCUGACGCCGAACUGGGUGGCCCUAGUGAAGACUCGAGAGAACGGGGCAUCGCGGAGCAGGAGGGAUUUGACAAGACAAUGAGCUGGCUGAAGCGUAACUUCAAGAGCGCGCGAGCGCAGCCCGCCCGUGAGCCCGCCCUUGAGCCCGCCGCCACACCGCCAGGGGCUGACACCAUGCGGCGCAACUUCUGGCAUGGUGGCGUGCGGGCGUCCUUCAAGUCCUUUCGGAGUGGGUUUGAUAUCCGCAGCCACGCAGAGACGGUGGUGCAGGCGCUCUCCACACGCCGCGUUUACCUGCUGCGCUAUGUCAGGGCCGCCGUGUUUGUGCUCAACGUCCGCACCCUGUUCAUGUGCGCCUUGGCGUGUGCCAUCGUGUACCUGUGCGAGUCUGACCACCUGGAUCUCAGGUUCCGCCAGGACUUCAGCAUUAUCAGUGUGGGGACAAUCUUCCCGCUGGUGUUCGCCAUCCAGCAGGCCUUCACGCGGCGCGACGAGGCGCUCAAAGAAAUGGCGUUCCUCAAGGCGCAGCUGAUGGGUAUCUACUUCUGCAACCGCGACUGGGACAUCUCUGACGGGCUGCUGGUCAGGUCCAACCUGGGCAAUGACGCUGCAGAGCACGCCGUGCGCUGUCAACAGCUCAUCAUCAAGUUCCUCACCACACUCAAGCAGUGGCUGGUGUCUCGAACGGUGUAUGAGAGCGAGAGCGAGCGGCGCUCCCUGGAGGCACGCGGCUGGCUGCCGGCGUUCGUGCACGGAUCGGGCCACGACCUACAACUCGAUGCCAAGCGCAGCGCCUCCUUCACCCAGCGCGUGACGGACUCUGAGAGGGCCGACACCCAAAAGCAGAUGUACUACCAGUGCUACCACUACCUGUCGCAACUCAAUGUGCUCAACGAGACACUCACCGCAAAAGCCAACUACCCCAAGGCCGGUGAGGGCGGCAUGAGCCGUCUGGCUCAGUACAUCGCCAAGAGCACGGAGGCGCUGGAGAAGCUGCGGUACCUGCGCGAGUACCGCACGCCCUUCAUGCUGCGCCACGUGUCCUUCAUUCUUAUCCUGGUCUCCAUCUUCCUCAUGUCGCCGUACUUUGCGUUCAUGUGCUUCGACAGCAAAUGGCAGCAGGACCACACUGGCUCCUGCCCGGCCGGCUACGUAAUGGCGGUCCUCUACGUGGUGGUGGUGUGCACGCUGUACGGGGUGCAGGUGGCGCUGGAGAACCCCUUUGACGGAGAGGGCAUGGACGACGUGUAUAUCGACCUGCCGCGGGAGUUUGAGGAGACCAUGCAGCGCUACGGCCGUGCCGGCAACUUCCACAAGGCCAGUGCCGGCACCAUCGUGGGAAACAGUGUGUACGUGGUGGGCGCCAGCGGCAUACCGCCCACCGGCUACUCCAACUACCCAGGGGGGCUGGGCAGCUUGGGCAGCGGAGCGGGGCCCGACUUCCAUCACUCCGCAGCCGUGCCGGGCAGUGGCGCAGUGGGCAGCGGCGGCGGCGCCGGCACGGGGCCAUCCGCGCUGUCGCCGGCCAACACGCUGGUGGCGCGUCCCUCUGCGGAUCUGUUGGCAGUGCCACACCUUCUGCAGGCGCACCUCGGGCACCAGAGCAGCCUGCGCCGGAAUGCCCUGGUGCACCAAGCAGCGGCGGCGGUGGGCACUGCGCCGCAAGUGCACCAACAGUACGGCGCGCACGCACAUCAUCAGCAGCCUUACGGUGGCGGCCAGGCCGCCGCCGCCACCACCACUGCCCCCGCUGCCUCGCACCUGUCGGCCGCCGCACCAGCAGCCGACGCGGGCGCCGUGCAGCUGUUGCAGCCCACCGCCGCCGCCGCAAGCACGGACGCACACGGCGGGUUCUAUGAGGACAGCAACGUGGUCCCGGGAACCGGCGGCGACGGCAGCAGCGUGUGUGGUGACGGUGCCGGCAGCGGCUACCCUGCCGCGGCGCCAGUCAAUCCGCCGCCGGCGGUGCUGGUGACGAACGCAACCUUUGCCGGCGCCCGCUACCCGAACCCGGUCGCGCCCAUUCAACGUCCGCAGGAGCAUCACGCCAGCAGCCGUCUGGGCGUGCCGCCGGUCAUCAUUGUGCCGAACGGCAACCCCGGUCCCGGCUACAUUGGCACGGCGGCUGCGGCUUCUGGCGGAGGCACCGACACCGCCGCGACACGUGGUGUGUCGCCCUUCUGCGAGCCGGGGUUCCAGUCCGUCUUCCUCACGGCCAGCAGGCUGGAGCAGCAACAGCAGCAGCAGCAGCAGCAGCAGACGCUGAGUACCCCUUCGGCACACGCCGCCGCCGCCGGCAGCGUCGCAAGUGACUGGCGGCGGCCUGGCUCAGCCGCCGCGGUGGCGGCCUCGGCUGCCUUCGCCGCUGAGAACAGCGACCGUGGCGCCAGUGGCGGUCCCUUCCAGCGCCCUAGCCUUGGCUUGCCUGUGGCUGGAGCCACGGCUGACUCCGGUGCCCAGAUCAUACCCUGCGGUCCCUUCCAGCGGCCCAGCUUGGGUGUGCCGGUCGGCGCCGCCACAGUCGGCCUUACAGACUCGCACCAGUUGCUUGUGGCGGGCGGUUCGGGUCCGGGCAUCGUUAUGCAUCUGGCCGGCUCUUCGCCUGGGGCCUCCUCGACUGGCGGCGGCAGCACCGCUGGUCGCGGCGCGGGUGGCCGUUACCGGCCGCAGCAACACAGCGCCCGUGCCCUGAACCCGCGAAUGUCGUUGCUUGCGGGUGGCAGCCCCGCCUCCACGGUGCCUGGCACGCCGCUGAUGCCCGGCAGCCACGGCACCAGCCUGACGGGCAUGCACGGCGUCGUCGGUGUCAGCAGCCGCACCAGCCUGGGCGGCGCCGUGCUGCUGGCCAUGGACCAGGAGGGCGGCGCGGUGGGGACGGUACUGGUGCCGGACAUGCCGCGGGGGGACGCCGACUCGCCCACAGCACAGGACGCAAUCGAGGCUGACCUGGCACGUGGCGUGCUGGGCAAUCUGCACGUGGCGUCGGGGCCGCUGCACGAUCAUAACGCACCCAGGCACUCGCCACCGAUGUGACUACCCCUGCCACCGGCAGACGGUGGGGAUGCCAGUGGCAGUACCGGCGGCAGGUGCCGAGCUGCCGCAGCGGCUGUGCCUGUGCCUGUGUCCAUGCACGCGGCUGCGGCUGCGGCGCCAGCGCCAGCUGGCGUUUGGAGCGUUGGCGGUAUGGAAGGCGGGAGCGGGUGCUAGCAGCAGCGGAAUGCUGCAGUUGCGCGCGCAAUCAUGCGCGCCAGGCCACCGCGGCGGUUUCUUACAUGUCCUGGCUUACUAUUGGAUAGAGGUUACAAGUCAGGAAUGAAGUCUAUUACUAGUAUAGGUGUGCGGGUUAUCGCCCCUGCGGCUGCCAGAGCGGCAUUGGUGCAGUGAGAGCAAGCAAGACCUUUAGCAGCACGGGUGCUACUGUCAGGUCGCCCGGUGCCGGGUCGCCCGGUGCCCGGAAGUGUCUUGCUCCGCUCCGCCAGUGGCGUUAGGGCUUGGCUAGAGUUGGUGAAUUCAUCCUGAAAUUUUUUCUGGUACGUGUGGCAGAUGCUUUGCGGAGGCUGCAGCUAAACGCACCCGGGCUCGUGCUAGGGUUUGCUGUUGGAGGCGUUGCUGUUGCAAGCUUGGGGCAGUUAGUUGGGGCAUGCAGCAGUGGGCCGUGUCACGGUGGCGGCAGCACCGCAGUGUCUGCAUGCAAUCUGCGGGAGGCGGGCACCCCGCAGGACUCUUUGAUCCUGUGCGCUUUGUGGGAGGCCCCUGACGCGUUCCCGGGCUGGUAUGUGUCAAUGCCAGGUUGUCGUGGGCGGGCAUUGGUCACAUCGGGGGCGGCUGCACGUUCUGGCACGCGCACUGUGGCUUGAGGGCUACUCGGUGGCGGCAUGGCAUUGGUGGCACACAUGGCGGCGGAAAUGAGACUGUAGGGUUUUAGCAACUGAAGGCUUGCCCCGGCCUCUUUUUGUCGUGUCCUUGUCAUUGUGCAUUCUGUGUGCAUCCUCGCUCGCAUGCAUGUCGGCGGGGCGUCCGUUGUUGGGGAGGGUCCCCUGCCUAGUUCGCAGGCAUGACUUCGUAACGGCGGUCCGCGCACAUUCACGAUGCCAAGCACUUUCCUUAGCACCCCUGCUCCAUAGGGCGCCCGUGGUGGACACAACCUGUGACUAAAUCGGACAUACGGUGUGGCGUGAUUGGUGACAAGAGGCGACCGUUCCGCCGUACGGUUCACGGGCGGUGUAGCUGCUUGGGGAUCUGUGUGUUUGACACGGAUGAUGCGGGACUGCAGUGACACGAUGAAGUGCUUGUGGGUCUUCAGAGGUGACGACCAGGUGACGAGUGAUGGUGACUAACGACGAGUGCAGAACACGUGAGGCAAGUGCGCGGGAACGUACCGCCGGUAAAGACGCGGUGGGUGGCCGAUCGGACCUGCUGCUUGUAGCAUUUACUGUACGAGCUAACUGCCAGGGAGACAUUGUGAAGGGACAGGCUCGCAUUAGCGUUACGUACAGACUUGCAGCCGCCUGGCCGGCUAUUCUAUUCAUGUACACGCGGCAAGCCUGUCCAUAGCAGUGGUUGUCCCUACUUGAAA